GAUCCUGUAUUGUCCUUUCGCUCUAGGCGCCUAUUCUGUUGUGAUUCGAAAUCUCAAUAAUUAUCGUCCAUGUGUGAUCCUGAGGGGAUUAAGUCAUUUCUGUACACUUUCUUGCAAACUAAGAAACGCAUAGCACCAGAGUAUACUUUCAUUGAGAAGCCCGUCGGUCGGAAUAAGGUUAGGUUUCUUUGUGAGGCUCGGGCUGAUGGCUACAAUUACGUUGGAAUAGGAAAUUCUACAACAAAAAAAGAAGCUCAAACGAAUGCAGCUAGAGACUUUGUUAACUACCUUGUUCGCGAAGGUGAAAUCCCUGCAUCUUCCGUCCCAACAAUACAACCUGGGAAUGUAAUAUAUCCGGAAUCUGCAAGCACAUCUACAUCUGAGAACUUCGGGCAAAGUUCUCAACAACAAGGGAAUUCGUUAGGUUCUGGCGGUAGCUACAUCAGUAGCAUAUAUGACCAAAAGAAGUUGGAAGAGGCAGAAGAAGUGGAUUUAACUUCUGAUUUGCACGGUGGUUGGUCAAUGGAAAACGCCAAGGCACGUCUAAAUGAAUACUUACAGGCAACUCGCCAGCAAGUGGGCCAAGUGAAAUAUACUUCAGUCGGUCCAGAUCAUAGCAGGAGUUACAUAGCGGAGAUGACUGUCUUGGCGAAAAAUCUUCGGAAAACCCUGUACGCUCGAGAGGCGGGAUCAAACAAACAACUUGCAUCUCGUGCUUGUUGCCUAUCAUUGGUCCGGCAGCUCUUUCAUGCAGGCGAAUUGGAAGCAUAUACUGGCGAAAGACGAAAAAAGAAGCACAGUGAGGUUGCAGUACAUGAUGUCAAUUUGAAUUCAAAAGUUGAGGAAAAUUUAACCGAUGUAUUGGAAAAUUUGGGUCUUCCCGUUAAUUCAAAACCUACAAGUCUCCCACCAGAUCAAGCUUAUAAUAUGAUUACCAAUUACAACUUGGUAGACUUUGGUGAUGCUCCUAAACAACAACCCCAGUUGGUCGCUUGGUGUCCACCAUUUCCUAACUGGAAUCCAUGGACUGCUUGCAAUAUCGAUGAAGGUCCAGAGGCUACUCAACCAUUGCCUCACAUCAGCGCUAACUUGGCUGACGAACGGUUACGUCGACUUGAUAACGACCCUCAGUUGCGGUCAUUAAUGGAUGAGCGUGCUCAGUUACCUGUGAAUCCUUACAGGGCUUCAAUACUGGAAGCCGUUAGACGAAAUAAAGUGACAAUUAUUCGUGGCGAAACCGGAUGUGGCAAGACCACUCAGAUUCCUCAGUUCAUUCUGGACUCGUAUUUGGAAUCGGGAAUAGGUGCUGAAUGUUCUAUUCUGGUAACACAACCACGACGUAUAUCUGCUAUAAGCCUUGCCGAACGCAUCGCUUAUGAGAGAGGCGAAACUGUAGGAACUUCUGUUGGAUAUUGUGUUCGUUUUGAGACCGUUUAUCCUCGUCCGUACGGGUCUAUCUUGUUUUGCACUGUUGGGACAAUGGCACGCAAAAUGGAAGGAGGUCUUCGAGGAGUGUCUCAUGUUAUUGUUGAUGAAAUACAUGAGAGAGACGUUAAUACAGAUUUCAUGCUAAUAUUACUGCGCGAAAUGAUAAGAGCAAACAGAAAUCUCCGACUUGUUCUUAUGUCUGCUACCAUUGAUAUAACUAUGUUCAGCGAAUACUUUGGCGAUUGUAUGGUUUUGGACAUCGAGGGUCGUACACACCCCGUUGAGUAUUACUUUCUAGAAGACUGUGUAAAGAUGGUUAACUUCGUCCCUCCACCCGCCGAUGAGAAAAAACGGAAGCACCGCCAAGAGUUAGAAAAUAUGACAGAUUACGCUGAAGAAAAUUGCAACUUGAAGUGUGAUCCUAUUUACGGGGAGGCAGUGGUUCGUUCCAUGGGCGAAAUUAUCGAGAAGGAAGUUCCUUUUGAACUUGUCGGUGCGCUUUUGGAUAAGAUCAUAGGUAUGAAUAUUCCCGGCGCUGUCCUUAUCUUCCUUCCUGGUUGGAAUAUCAUUAGUCUUUUGCGAAAAUAUUUACAGUCUCAUUCGAGAUAUGGAAGUCCCAACUAUGUUAUUCUUCCGCUACAUUCUCAGAUUCCUAGGGAAGACCAGCGCCUAGUUUUUCGUUCGACUCCUUCUGGUGUUCGAAAAAUUGUGUUGGCAACUAACAUAGCUGAAUCAUCUAUCACAAUCAAUGAUGUUGUCUUUGUGAUAGAUUUUUGCUUAUCACGCACGAAACUUUUCACUGCUCGUAACAAUCUGACGUCAUAUUCUACUUCAUGGGCAAGCAAAACAAACCUGGAACAACGGCGAGGCAGAGCUGGUCGAGUUCGUCCAGGAUUCGCUUUUCAUCUUUGUAGUCGUGCUCGCUUUGAUCGUUUAGAACAGCAUGCUACUCCGGAGAUUCUGCGUACUCCGUUACACGAACUGGCAUUACUCAUAAAGCUUUUGCGUCUUGGUUCUGUUAGAGACUUUCUAAUGAAGGCUUUACAACCACCACCACUCGACGCAGUUAUUGAAGCAGAACAUACAUUAAAAGAGAUGAAGGCGUUAGAUAAAAAUGAUGAACUAACUCCUCUCGGAUUUAUUCUUGCUCGACUUCCGAUCGAGCCACGUUUGGGGAAAAUGUUAAUAUUUGCUUGUGUCUUUAAUCUGGGUGGAGCAGCUGCUGUUCUCACAUCUACUGCAAGUCUUGGAUGUGAUCCAUUUUUAUUGCCUCCGGAUCAUAGGAGACUCACAAAUCAGCAACGGUCAUUUGCAGCCGGCUAUUCAAGUGAUCAUUUGGCUGGUUUGAAUGUUUUUCAAGAAUGGACGACUGAACGAACUCGUCGAGGCGAUGAGUCAGCAGAUUUAUUUUGUGAUCAACAUGGUUUCAAUAGCUCUGCGUUAAGAGUUAUUGAUGAUGCUGCAAACCAACUUAGAGCUAUUCUCAUUAACUUGGGUUUCCCAGAAGAGUCAUUGUCGGAUGCACCGGUUAAUUUCAAUUUAAAACACAAUAUCGAUUGCGAUAUACUUAGUACUUUACUUGUGUCUGGAUUGUAUCCAAAUAUCUGUUUUCAUUCAGACAAACGCAAAUUACUCACAACUGAAGGUACUUUAGCACUUAUACACAAAAGUUCUGUCAAUUGCAUGAAGGACAUCAAGUUCACUUAUCCAUUUUUUGUUUUCGAUGAAAAAAUUCGUACUCAGGCCGUUUCGUGUAAAGGUCUUACAAUGGUGAAUCCAAUUCAAUUAAUGCUUUUUGGCUGCCGCUCUGCUAUCUGGAAAUCUGAUGAUUCUAAUGAUAAAGGAAUAGUUGUUAUUGAUGAUUGGAUUCCUUUCCGUAUAAGCUUCAUGACUGCUGCCCGAAUUUUCGCUUUUCGUCCAGCAUUGGAGGCAUUACUUGUCCGAACUUGCUUACGGCCAGAAGGUGUUGCCGAUCUUCGAGAAGAAGAUCAGCGUGUUAUUAAUGUGUUGCGUCAACUAUGUUCGCCAGAAGCAUUAAAGCCAAAUGCUAGUUUUGAUGAGGCAAAUAACUUUGAUUCUCCUCCGAGAAAAAGGUUCGCUACAUCCGGUAAUUGUCCGUUACUCUCUGGUAGGUCGCAUCGAAAUAAAGGGUAUGAAAAUUCGUACUCGGAAAAACAAGGUUUUGGACGCUAUACCAAUUGUCCUAAUCGUUCUACUGAUUCAGAACAGGUGCAUGAUAUUCAAUGUGGUCUUUGGCAAGACCCUCAGCCACAAUUUUCUAAUCCGCGAUAUGAUCAAGUACCUAUCAAUCGAUUUUCUGGGAACUACAUGGGUGCGAGAUCGUUUGGUCCCAGUGGUGUAGGAAAUCAUUUUAAUGGAUCAUCAUGGAAUUCAUAUGGUGCACCAACUUUUGGUGGUUAUCCAUAUCAACAACAACAGUUUACAAACGAUCGGUUUGUGCAUCCUAAUCAAAGACCAUCAGUUAGACCUCAUUGGGGUGUCCGUUACUAAUUUUAGUCGUAUAACUUACUUUCACAAAGUGGUUUUAAUUGUAUUUAAAUGUCUACAAGUUAGAUCCAUCUUUAUUACGUUUUAAUUAUUUGUGAUUAUUUUGAAUUCAUUUAUGUAUUUGUUGCAUCAAUAUCCCGUUCUAUGUAAUCUGAUAAAAUUUGUUCCUUGUUGACUUCUUUUCCAUUGACUAGCUUCAUUGUUUUGGGGUUUGAACCUUUGUUUUCUUGCACCGUUAUGUUGUUACUAUUUUGGUUGCAAUGAUAAAGUCGUCCUAACUUUCCUAUUUAUAUCUUUGACCCAUUACUUAGGAUCAAAAACUAGGAUUCGCUCUUCCAUGUUCAUUUUACUUAUGAAAAUUCGUUCCAUUGUUCAUAAUAACAAUUCAUUUCACAUAACAUAUCAGUUUGAUUAAUAUAAUGUCUAAUGAAUUACCCUUAA